AAACAUCGGUUUUUUCCGUAGAGAUGUUUUCACGCUCCCGUCAGGGUGGCGCCGCGUUCGGAAACGUUCGGGUAUUUCCGUGACCUCUCACCCAGCCGCUCCGAGGCACUACCGGUCGGAGCAGCCGUUGGCUGGGCGCGCCCGGCUGAUUGGCCGAGGGAAGACCCCACCGCCCGGGGGCCACGCUGCUGGCAGCGCCGCGUCUCGCCUCGCUUCCCCGCGCGGCCGGGUUGAGACGGAGCUGGGCCGCGGCGGGGCAGCCGGCUUUCUCGCUAGGAGCCGACAGGGCGGGAACGCCAGGCAGAGUGCAGAAGGCUAUUGCUGAGAGGGGACUUGAGGGAGUAGUGGCAGAGCCCAGGGAGAGGAGUGAAGGAUGACUCAGCAGGGAGCUGUUCUUCAGUGUUACAAUAAUGAGCUAGUGAAAUGCAUUGAAGACUUGUGUAUGCAAAAAGAAGAGCUAAACAAACAAAUCCAGCAAGCAGAAGAGGAGAAAAAUAAACUCCAGCAUGAAAUACAAGUCCUCAAUGAACAACUGGAGUGUGUAUGUGAAAACCUGGCCCAAAAAGUAGCUUCACGGAAUGAGCUCGAUAAAAUUCUUGCUGAAACUGAAGCUGCUUAUAUGAAGAUUUUGGAUAGUUCUAGAACUUUGCUUAAUGUCCUGAAGAAGGAAGUGGGAAGUUUAAAGCAUACACCAGAACUGAAAACCAAUGUAACGUGAAACAGUCAAAUGUUUGGACUCUACAGUGCUAAAAUUCCACUAGUUGUUCAACAACAGAAAUCCUGCUGGAAACUUGUGCUGCUUACUGUCCAAUAGUAGGUGGGAUUACUGGCUGUAAUUGGCAAACCCAAGGUACUUUUCAUUAAAUAUUGGUCCUUCCUCAAGAAUUGUUGUUAGCAUGAAGGGAAUGGAUACUUCAUAUCAGAGUGGGGGCAUGUGGCAAAAGAGGAGCUGCUUUUUUAGUAGAGACCACCCACCUGUGGAAAGAGAGGAGCAUCUUUGUUAACUUGGCUUAUGUUAAAAGGGUUGUGAGAUAAUUUAAACCAAGUGGGUUUAAUGGUAAUAGUUUACUCUUGCAAGGUCCACUGAAGGAAGCUGAAAAACAGAGAACCCAGCGGUUCGGUCAGUCACAAGGAACGUGAUACCUGAUUGCGGUCAGUUCAGCUUUAAAUGCAGAGCUCAGUUACAGCUGGAAGUAGUGUAGCUGCUGCAGUACUGGGCUCACCAAGGGUUAAUUUGCCUUGCCAGAAAACAAUUGACCAUGUGGACACACUUAUGAAAUCUUGUGCAUUCAGGAGUCACUGAACUUGCUACAAAAGUGUAACCUGUUUGUUCUUGAAACUCAGGGAAUUCUAACUGUCUUUUAGUGACCUGCAAUGUUACAUAUGACUCCAUGAGAAGGAUGUUUGUUUAAUAUCCUAUUCCCUUUGGGGGCUUUUCUCUGAAGCCUAAAGUGUUCUUGCUUUAGAUUAAAGUUGGUCAAGUUAAAAAACCUGUGGCCAAGCAGAAACUUAGAGAUGCCCAAGUUCACUGAAGCCACAAGCCUUUAAGUGGUUUGUAUUCACUGUGUAGUACACUAAGUUCCUGGUCAAAUGCUGUUUAGUCCUUCAGUCAAAUUGCAAGUUUUGUAGCUCCCCUUAGUAGUUUAAAUGAUUUGCAGCAAGUGUUGCUUGUUCAAUUUGGAAUGUACUUCCAGUUUUUUGUUUGUUUGUGUUUUAAUGAAGUAUUCCAUUGAGGUCUCCCGUGGCAUUCUGCCAUAUGCGUUCAUGUUGUGCAUGUGAAUAUACGGGUUUUCUUUGGGAAUGUCAGAAAGAAACUACCUGUACAGCAGCAAUUUAGCUGAAACAAGAUUUGGUUUUAUGCCGUGCUGUUUUUAUUUUUAAAAGUGUUUUAAAAUGCUGAGUGUAUAUAUAUUUAUACAGGAUAUAUAAACAAGUGCUUUCAAUCCACAGAUCACAAAGUACUUUACAGAGAAUCUUAAUAUCUUUAUCCCCCUUGAUAGACAGUGACGCUUGGUAGUAAUCUGCCCCAAAUCAGGGACAGAUCUGGGAAUGGAGGCUUUGCUUUUUCAGCCUCAACUGAAUGUGCUGACUUGGACUGCUUCCCAGGGAUUCAUGUCCUGUUUGACAUAAACCAACUGGAUUAUGCAUUCUCAACCUGUGUGUUGGGGGAAGGGAUAGAUAGAACUGACUAGAUGCAUACUUUUUGUUAUUACUCACUUCACAUUGCAUGCAGGGUCAUGAAGACGUUUAUUACUCACUUCUCCAUGGAUACUUUGUCAUGAGGGCUGUAUCCCAGCUCCAGAGCAGCUGCUCUUUCUUUGCAGACCUGCUCUCUCCAAGCCCCUACUCACAGGUGUUUGGGAGCUGACUGUAGGAGGUGGGUCAGAGGAACAGAAAGAACUUUUAGUAAUAGUUGCUAAUUAAUUACCUUUCACAAGCCUAACCUUACGCAGAUAGCUUGUCUUUACAGACCCUGCUGUUUUGUCUCAUUUUCAUCAGGCUUCUUAGUACCUUAUGCUAGCCUAUGUAAGACCACCAGGUAUUUGUACCAACAUCCUUUAAGACUCUUUGCUGUUUAAAUACAGUGGAGGAUCUGACUUCUAGUCCAUCUAUUAUAGCUUAUAGACUGCGUAACAGCAUUCUGACCACAUAUAACAGCAUCAGGCUGUGUGGCAACCAUAUUCCACCACAAUUAGCAACUAUCACUAAAAGUUCUUUCUGGCUGCCUCACCAGCUGUGUCAGGAAGUUCUCCACUUGCUCCAGGAACCUCCUAGACUGUUUUCUCUCUGCUGUAUUGUAUUUCUAGCAGACAUCUGGUAAGUUGAAGUCCCCCAUGAGAACAAGGGCUAGUGAUUCUGAGACUUCUCCUAACUGCUUAUAGAAUAUGUCGUUUGCCUCUUCAUCCUGGUUAGUGUGUCUAUAACAGACUCCCACCAUGACAUCUGCCUUGUUGGCCUUCCCCCUGAUUCUUACCCAUAAACACUCAACCCUGUCAUCACCAUCAUCAAAAACACAAUCAAAACACUCCCUGACAUACAGGACCACCCCACUGCUUCUCCUUCCUUGCCUAUCUCUUCUGAAGAGUUUGUAGCUACCCAUUGCAGCACUGCAGUUGUGCGAGUCAUCCCACCGCAUUUCUGUGAUGGCAAUUAUAUCAUAGUUUUUCUGCUGCACAGUGGCUUCCAGCCCUUCCUGUUUGUUGCCCAUGCUGCAUGCAUCGGUGUAGCUGCACUUCAGUUGAUCUGUUGAUCCUGCCACCUUUUUGCAGGGAGAAGCCCUAAUUCCUACGUGACCAUUCUCAGGCACUUUCGUGGUUUCUAACACAUCAAUAACCCUUGUGUCUUGGCUGCCGCAUGGAUCUCUAUCCCCCACCUCCACUGAGACAGCAGACUGAAGAACGUCACUAGCAUGCUGUCUCUCAAACACUGGUGUGCUGCCCUGAGGCUCAUCUCCAGUAAGCCUGGUUUUAUCCCUUUUCCCCUUCAAAUCUAGUUUAAAGCUCUUUCAGUGUGAGCCCUGCUAACUCCUCUGCAAAGAUCCUUUUCCCUCUUUGAGACAAGUGUACCCCAUCUGUCGCCAGCAGGCCUAAUGCCAUGUAAACCAACCCAUGAUCAAAAACCCAAAAAUUCUGCCAGUGACACCAGGCUUGGAGCCAGGUAUUGACCUGCUGGGUCAUCCUCUUCCCUCAUCAUUCCCUGCAGCUGGAGGGAUAGAGGCAAACACUACUUGUGCUCCUGAUCCCUUCACCAGUCAUCCCAAGGCCCUGAAGUCUCUCUUGAUUGCCCUCAGACUUCUUGUUGCAACUUCAUCGCUGCCUACCUGAAAAAUCAAGAAUGGAUAAUAAUCUGAGGGCCGUACCAGGGUAGGAAGCUUUCUCUUCACAUCUUUAACUUGAGCCCCAGGGAGACAGCAAACCUCCCGAAGAAGUGGGUCCAGUCUGCAUAUUGGGCCUUCUGUUCCCUUCAGAAGGGAGUCUCCUAUGACAGUCACCCAUCUUUUUUUCUUUAUGGAAGCAGUUUUGACACAGAGCAUAGGCCGACUUAACCUUGGUGACAUCUCCAAGCUAGAUGAACCAUUGUCCUCGUUAUUGUUCAGUUCCGCUUGCAAUGUAUAUAUAAAUAUACUAAGCAUUUUAAUGAGUAUAGAAUGUGCUUAGUAGAAACCUGCCUAAUAUUUCAGUACUGUCUGCUAUUAGAAAGGACAAUUUAAAUAAGCUGGUCAUUAAUAACUACAUUAGGUUGUGUACCCUCUGCUUUCAACAGCCCCCGCAGUCUUUCUACUACAUAAUCUCUCAUUUGUAGCCCUAUCCUCCUCUUCCUGCUGCAACAGCUUUUGUUGCCCCUAGUUCCUUGCUUACCCCUUGCUUACCAUGUUUUUAGUUAUCCCAAGCUGCUGACCAGAAACAUGCUGCUCUUCUGCCAUGUGGUGGGUCAGGAAGACUUUCGGUAUCUUCAUAUUGUCCAGAUGUGUUCUGGCACACUUGGAAAAUUGUUUGUAAAGAUAAACAGAUUUCAUUCAUUUUGAUAGUGCCAGAUAAAUUAUGGUUAGACGGGGUUAAGAAUAUUAUAUGGUAGAGAAACAAGACACCUGAUCUGAGAGGAGUUUCAUCCUAUGAAAAACCCAUCCUAAAAAAUACUUUUAGAUUGAAGUGAUGGAUGGAGGGAAUGUGAUGUUCCUGGUAUGCUGUGGAGAUUAGAGAACAGAAGUUUAUUGUGUUUUUCCGUGAGAAUAUUCUUGUCCCAGCAAAUGCAGACUUUGUUUACAGUCUUCUGCAAAUAAAGAAGGUCUAUAUGGGAUGCUGUAAUUUAAUUAGUAUUAAGGCUAUGUGCAGAGUGACUUGAGUUUGUUCCAGAAAUGAUUGCACUGUGUGUGAGAAAAGACCAAAACUUGAAAGUAAAAAGAGGAAAAAAGGAAUAUAAUGCUGGAGCUUGCAGAUCAAUGAUCUCAUUGAGGAAGCUGCUGUAGGUCAGCUGUGUAGCUCUUCAAAGCUCUGAAUAUGACCUAUAUUGCAAAAUAAUAAACAUGUUCUAAGAGUGGAGUGUGCUCACAGUAAGGCUACUUGUAAAAAGUUAUGUCAAGACAUUGUAUGCAUUCAGCAGUUUUCUUUGUAAUCCUUCUCUAUUUUACAAACUAAUAUAAUCCCCAGUAAGGUGCACUAGCGAUAAACAUUCCAGAUGCCUUCAUCUGCAGAGAGGAAGGAGAGGCAAUUAGAAGCCUGCAUGCUGUGAAAUCUCUGGGUACCAACAGUGUCUGCACAGACUUUUAUAACAUUUUAAGGAACAAUUGGUUUUCCGGCUGUCUGGGGUGACUGAAUGCAAACAUAGUUUUUGAAGGAGGACAGUAGCUCAGUUAUUUUCACACUGGUUAAAAUCCUGCUGGUUUGCAUAAAGGUUUGUAUUUUUAUUUACUGAUACCAAAGUCCUGGUGACAAACUGGCUCCUCCAGACCAGACAAAUUCUAUUUUCUUUUAUUAGCACACAUCAUUUCAUCUCUGACAAAGAAAGGGCAGACUUCUGACAAUGUAGUGAAAGAACCUGGGGCAGCGCAGCAUCUGGUACUGGUCUCCAUCAAAGAGGAGGAAAAGCACAAAAGGACAAAUUUUGCUGGCCUUGAUCUGAAUUGAGCAGGGUUGCUCGCAAAAGUAGCAAGCAAGAGGGCUUUUUUCUUUUUUAUUUUUUUAUUAUUCACUCCCUCCUACAUCAUUAUUGUGCUGAGUAGGGAAAGAAUUUUCUUUCUUUUUAAAAAUAUGAAUAAUAAUAAAUGGGAUAAUCUGCUCCAAGAAAAGCCAGUUCUACAUGGGAGGCAGCUAAGGCUGCCCCCAUGGGAGCUCUGGUUUUUUUCUGCAGAAAAAAAUUUUCAUCGUGCAAAUUCUAAGUCAGCAGCCAUUGAAGGAGAAACAACAAAAUGCUGUUUUCUUGUCAUUGUGGACCAAUUAUUCUUUCAGUAGCUGGACUCCUGUGUACAGUUUCUUUGUUGCAAAUACUGCCUGUCCAAAAUGGAUUUUUUUUGUCUGAGACCUGUUCAGUUUAGAAUACAUUUUUUAUUUUAGAUGAGCUUAAUAAAGCAGUGCACAUAUUGGUGCUUAUACCAGUAUGGAAUUUGUCUGUAGCUGUUAAAGUCCUUUUCGCUGACUUAGUAUGCCACGUAUUAUUACACUGAUGUAGCUAGAGUCAAGCUUGGUUCUUCGACAUGAAGGUGACCCUCUUAACUUAGAUUAUGCCGAUAUGUAUUUUAUAGUUUCAGGUGCUGGUGAAUUCAGUGGCAGCCACAACAAGGUGUAACUUGACUUCUGUGGACUUAAAUCUUCACAUAUUGCCUUGUGUUAAUAUGUUUGUUUUAAAUAACUUCUGCAUUUGGUUAUUUGGUGGGAAAGCACAGCCAAAUGUUUUAAAAAGGUAUCAAAAACCAUUUGUUUUGGCUAACAGAACAUUUCCUGGAUAAUCUCAUCCAGGAGAGAUUUUAAACGCAGUACCUUUUCAGAGCCUGGACCCUCGGAGCACAGCACAGCUUCUGUUUCCCAAGCCCGUCAUUCCUACCACACGCGAACGAGCCAGUUGGUUUUGCCAGAACCAUGAGACAAGGGGCCAUCUUGUGGGUGCUGGUAAAGAGCAGGUGAUUGAAUAAAUGAAGGCAACGCAUGCUGUACAAAAACACCCCAGGCAGGCUCACACGGAGGCAGUCAGAAGGACUUGGGAGUUUUCCUCUGUUUCUGCUCUGCGUGAAGUGUAAAUAAAAGUCAAUGUGUGUGCACUGCUCAAGCUACUUGAUACUACUGCUACACUGGGAUUCUGUUACAUUGGGAAGUUAUGAUUUAAUUUGUAGUUAUAUCAUUAGCAUGAGCUGAGCACUUAAAACCAACCAACCAAAGUAGUUGUGCAGUGUUACUGGAUUUCAAAGCGUUGGAUUUCCACAUCUGUAACUUCUGAUUCUAGUGCUGUGUCCUGUAUGCUAGCAAAGAAGGUAACAAAACUAAUUUUAGACUUCUGGAAUGAGGCUUAAAAUAAUACUAAGAAUUUAAUAAGUGCCCGAGAGGAUUUUAUACCACAAGGCUUACUGAAAGUUAGUGGGUCUUGUGCUCUGCUUGCUAAUGCCCUGGACUUUAAGAUUCAGGAUUUUCAGUGCAUUUUUCAAAGGCCUGGCUCCUGAAAUCAAGGCAUUUUCUUUGUCAUUCUUCCCUGCCUUUGAAGUUAUAUUUCUGUUCCUUGUAAAGAAAAGGUUGAAAACACAAAAGUGAGUAAACAUGAAAGGCUCAGAAAGAAAAGGCAAAUAUAAAUAAUUCUAGAUCUUUUUAAUGACUUAACAAGGGUCUUGCACUUUGUGAUUGGCCUGAUGCACGUCUUUUUGAAUGCUGGAAGCUGGUCAUGGUCAAAGUCCUAUUGAAAAUUUCACCCAAUGUUACACUUCAAUCAAAGAAGAUGCAAUUAUGAGGACUUUAAGAAAGGCACUCUUGUAAUCCAUGGCUGUAGAUGCUGUAGCACACCACUUGCUUUCUUUACAUGAACAUUUAAAUUCCUUUCUUACUAUCUCUAGCAACUUCACCCAGCUUUCUGCAGUUGCUAAGAGUUACUCAGAUGUGUCAGGGAAGCUCCUUCCAGUGCAGCCUAAACAUGAUCUGCAAGUGUCAUGGAGCAAGGUCUGGAACUCCCAGGCUACCAGAAGCUGGAAGCCCCAUGGGAUGGCAGGGAAGGGAAGUCUGCCGGCUCCUGGGAGAGAGCGCAUCUGGCAGCAGUACGUGGCCUCUCAUCCGCCAGAAGAAAUAGCAGCCUGGCUCGACACUUCCCAGAAUGAGGAACAUUAGAGGAACAAGCAAUAGAGAGGCAGGGGCAUUUCAGGGCUGAAAGAGGGUCUAGGGGAUCUCCUAACAUCACAAUAUAUUUAGCCCAUGGAAAUAAGUAGAGGAAAGAUAAAUGGGAAUUUGACCAAAGAGAAGGUUUUUCUAAUAUUUACAGAGCUUUCUUUGGAGUCUGCUGUAGAAAGGGCAGAAUGAAGACAUUUUAGUAACACACUGAAAAGCUGAGAACAUCCAGAGAGACCAAGAGGAAUUUUCCUGAGAGGAGAAAGUCACAAGAACUGCCAAAAUUGUCUAACUUUUAAAAUGUUUUUUAUUAAACAUAUAUAAAUAUAGUAUCUAACAUCGCGAAUAAUUUAUCACAAUAGAAAUAAAAUAAUUAAAUCCUUAGCAAAAUAAAGAUGAAUUUUCAUGCCAUUCCACAAUUAUUCUUGACAAACGCUUUUAAUUUGACCCAAACAAUAGCAAGGAGGCUUUGUGGGUGUCAUAAUAUGCAAUCUAGACCUGAAUGAUUUGUUUCAGUCAUCACAGUGAGAGGACAAUAGGAGGGAACAUGACAAAAAUACCGAGAACAAAGAAUAGGCUUGUGCAUAAUUUUGGCUCUCAUUUUUAUAAUAAAUCGCAUGGUAGUUUGUGGUUUGCUUAAAGCUUCAGCUCCCAGAUUUGUGUAGUAAAGAAGAACCUAAGAUUUCAUUACAGAAAAACAAGUUUCUAAUUUUCAUGAUUGCAAGAAGACUUAAACUAAUACAGAGCAAGAAAAGGAACCAAAAUACAUCUUUUAAGAGACAAGUUUGUACAAGUUUUAACUCAAAAACUAAAAUCUACCUUCUUGCUCUAAAAAAAAAUCCGAAGGCAUAAAGCUAGAACUUGAACCUGCUAUUACAGCUCAGGUUGGUAUUUAUUGUGCAUUAAUUACUUAGACAUUGCGAAGCCUUGUAUCCCAUCCUUUUCUCUCUUAGCAAUGUUCUUCUAAAGCCUUGAAAACAACACGCCUCUGCCCUCUGUUUUACUUGCUUU